GCCUCAAAUCAUUGUCCCGACUUGCCUCACAUACCACAUUUUACACCCGAACUGGAAGAGCGAACCACGGAAUCAUGGCGCGCAAAAAGCCGCAAGCCAGAAAUACGCCGGCGGCGAUGAAACAGCCGAAGAAGAGUCCGGGGACUGAAACUCUGGCCGGGAAACGGCUAACCAAUGCCGAGCGGUCAGCUUAUUUCUCGCGGAGAGAAGCCGCUAAGGUGUUGCGCACCAUACUACAAGGAGACGACCGGCGCCAGGCAGUGGGCUCCAUCAAGUCGCUGGUGUACGGCCCCUCUGUCAGGAACAAGAGAGCUACUUAUGCUCUUGUGUGCCAGACGCUCAAGCAUCUUUCAAUAAUCAAGGACAUCUUAGGGGCAUCUAAUGUGUUGAACAGUAAAUGGAAGAGACGAGAAGAGUUAAUAUACAUAGUGACAUAUGACAUUCUGUUUGGACAGGAGGACUCAUUAGCUGGUGAUGCUGAAAAGUUUCUCCUGCUCAGAAAGGAUGCAUUGCAGUUGGCUCUUGCUCAGCUCUUAAUAAGAAGGGGAGUCAAAAAAGUGAAUGAGCUGAUAACUCCUUAUAAAUCUGAUGCUCAAAAACCUCGUUAUGUCCGUGUAAAUACCCUGAAAAUGGAUGUUGAGUCUGCCUUACUUGAGUUGAGGAAACAAUAUGUGGUUCAAAAGGAUGACAUGAUCCCUGAAUUGUUGGUAUGUCCACCCGGUACUGACUUGCAUGAUCAUCCUUUUGUACAAACUGGAAGCAUCCUUUUGCAGGGCAAGGCAAGUUCCAUGGUGGCUGCAUCACUGGGACCUAAACCAGGAUGGGAGGUCAUUGAUGCCUGUGCUGCACCUGGUAACAAAACUGUCCACCUUGCUGCUCUUAUGAAGGGACAGGGAAAGGUUAUUGCUUGUGAACUUGAUAAAGAAAGGUUUAAACGUUUAAAAAACACAGUUAAAUUGGCUGGGGCAGCUAAUGUGCAAGUUAUGCAUGAGGACUUCCUUAACUUGAAUCCGGAAGAUCCAUCAUAUUCAAAGGUUCGUGCUAUACUUUUGGAUCCAUCUUGCUCUGGAUCUGGGACUGCUUUUGAUAGGUUGGACCACCUUCUCCCAUCAGCCAAUGCAGGUGCUCAUGAUGGUUUUGACAUGGAUAGACUACAAAAGCUUGCAAAUUUCCAAAAGAGAGUUUUGGAACAUGCAUUGCGUUUUCCAGCAGUCGAGAGAAUUGUUUACAGUACCUGCUCUAUCCACCAAAUUGAGAAUGAAGAUGUUAUCAAUUCUCUCCUACCCCUUGCCACAUCUCAUGGAUUUCAACUGGAAAAAGUUUUUCCCCAAUGGCCUCGUCGUGGUUUUCCAGUUAUGGUUGGAUCUGAAAAUUUGCUGCGAACUGACCUGGUCAAGGACAAAGAAGGCUUCUUCAUUGCUUUAUUUUCAAGGGAGGGAAAAGAUCGUUCUGUAAAGUCCAUGCGGAUGGAACGAAAUGCUUCUCUUCGGAAUAGACUGAGGGCACGGAGACAUUUGAAUUUGUUCUUCCUCAAAAUGUUUAGAACGAUAUGGUAUGCAACUUAACAGUACUAGUACUAACAACUAAUUGCAUGCUGUUGAAGUUAGUGUUGUAUACAGAGUAAUUAUUAUUUACUUAUUUCGUACUCUUUUAGUACUUUCAAAAGUAAACUUUCUAGGAAUCAAAUUUUUUUGGUCAA